CCACGCCAACUUUCUUGCAGUCACUUAGGUUACCGACUUGAACAAUUUUGCAGUUGUAGUGUAAAUUUUAAAGUGUUAGCAACAUGAAAGCCAAGGGCGAUCUUAAGGAAUAUGAAGUCAUUGGGCGUAAAUUGCCCACUGAGAAGGAGAAGGAGACUCCUCUUUACAAAAUGAGGAUCUUUGCUCCGGAUCAUAUUGUUGCUAAAUCUCGUUUCUGGUACUUCUUGAGACAACUGAAGAAGUUCAAGAAGACUACUGGUGAAAUCGUAUCUGUCAAACAGAUCUCUGAAAAGUCCCCGACCAAGAUUAAGAACUUUGGUAUCUGGCUGAGGUAUGAUUCCAGAUCUGGAACUCACAACAUGUAUCGUGAAUACAGAGAUUUGACUGUCUCUGGUGCUGUCACUCAGUGCUACAGAGAUAUGGGUGCUCGCCAUAGAGCUCGUGCUCACAGCAUCCAAAUCAUCAAAGUGGAGAAGGUCAAAGCAGCUGAUUGCAGAAGACCAAAUGUCACACAGUUCCAUGAUUCUAAAAUCAGAUUCCCAUUGCCAAAACGCAUCCAACACAGAAAACAAAUGCCUGUGUUCAGCGUUAGAAAACCAAGAACAUUUUUCUUAUAAAUUUGCCUUAUUGUAAAGGAAAAUAACACCAGAAUGAAGCAUGUUAUAUUAUUGUCAAUGUAACCAAAAUUUUGGUUUAUUGCAUAAAUAUUGUUAUGUGCGUGGAAUCGUGAGAAAUAUGAUUCUGACAAUUUAUGACUGCACAUUGUUCUAGUU